UCCUGAUUCCAGAAUCCUGAUUCUUUUUUUCUCUCCCCGAGUUCUAGCCUGGAUUUCGGACGGCAGGAAUGGAGGCAAUUUCAUUGAGGCACUUGAUAUCUUCAGUUCAUAAUAGCUUCCCAGUUAGAUGGCACCCGGACAGUACUCUAUGGGAGGGGUUCCCUGGAAUCCGAGGCCGGGGAAGCAGAACAAGUUCAAGGGUUGAUAAAUCUCGUCUCAUUCAAUGUUCUAAACGAUCUGAUUUCAGGGAUUUUCAGGGCUUUACAAGACCUUUGCUUCUUCUGCCAGCCACAGAGGCAGAUAUCUGCACAGAGUCUUCACUGGAAAAGUUGUCUACUUCCUUUGGAGAGGAUGAAUCUCGAUCACUAUACAUGAUUAAGUUACACACUAGUCGUGUCUAUGGCUCAUGCCUGAGUGACUCAAGUGCUGGGAUAUUACUUUGUGUGAUAGAUGAAAAUGGUGCCUCAAUAUUACAAAGGAUUCCUGGGAGUCCUUCAGAAGGUUCUCCUGGACAAACAGAGGAAAUGUAUGGUCAUAACCUGUUCUGCUUCCAAAGAGGUUCUGUCAACAAUUUUAUUUUUGAAGGACCUAAAAUAGGAAAAGUUGAAGCAGUCUGGAUUGGUCUUGAAUCAGGUCGCUGGAGAUUAGGAGGUUUGAGCUUGAUCGUUGUCUGUGGAUGUCAACCCCCAUUCAAAGAAGAUGAUGGGAAUACAAUCCACUACAUUGGCUUGCAGUACAAAUUUGAAUCAGAGGAUAUCCUGCUUGGAGAGGGUGGGGACAUGUCCGUGGCUGAACUAAGACCUCAUAUUGUUACUGAGUUGCAUGGAGCUGACCUUUCAGCCUUCUUAAACACGCAAAGUGACCAGUCAACUUUACUCUCAAGCUUUUCAGUGUCAAGUGAGGAAAGCAUGAGAGAGUAUUCGGAUCUGAAGUUCUCUUUGCUACUUUAUGACACCAUGCUCAUAUUUGCUGGAACGUCAGUUGCAUCCUUCUCAGCUGGAGAUAGAGCUGCUUUGGCUUUCUUGACUGGUGGGCUUGGUGGCUUCAUAUAUUUAAUUUUGUUGCAAAGGUCAGUUGAUGGAUUACCAGCUCCGGCAUCAAUUUCUUUGAAAAGGGAGGGAGAGAAUCUUAAUAAUCUCUUUAGAGGUGUGAAGGGUUCCAUACCAACUCUGGCACUGGCAUUAGCCUUUGCUGUUGCAGCAGUGAAGUAUGAGUGGGGGGAUGCAGCUGUGGCGUUGACACCAAAAGAACUCGUGGUUGGGAUGAUGGGGUUCCUGGCAUGUAAGAUUGCUGUUGUGUUGGCAGCGUUCAAACCCAUGCCAAUGAGCAUUAAGGAGACAGGGAUAGGGGGUGAAGAGAAGUAGGGUAGAACCUGAGAAGGUAAUGUACUCAUACCUGCAUGUACAAAA